CCCUAAUUCGAGAGAAAGAGAAAGAUCGAGCGCCAUGGAUGAUGGUGCAGGAGAGCUGCAGUGCGUGGGGAGGCUGGAGGUGGCAAAACCCAAGCCCGCCGUUGGUUUUCUCUGCGGCACACUUCCUGUGCUCACCGACGCCCCUGCUUUCCAUUCCGCCCUUCUUGUCCCCUCCCCCUUGACGAUUGGGGCUCCGAGGUACCAGAUGCUGCCGGCUGAGACCGAUUUGAAUACGCUUCCCUUUGCUCUCUGGAAUUCCGAGAAGGUUAUCCCAGCCUCUACCGGAGCCAGUGAAGGAUUACAAUGGGAAAGUAAUCCAGUAAAUCAAAAUUUGUCAACUAAAUGUGAGGCACUAGCUGUAUCUGGCCUUACUGAGUAUGGUGAUGAAUUAGACGUCGUUGCUCCAGCUGACAUUUUUGAAGCAAAUCUUUUAAAAAUGCCUUACUCAAAAGCUCAGCUAUCUAUUGUUGUUCAGCGUAUUGGAGAUACUCUCAUCUUGAAUACAGGCCCUGAUGUGCAAGAGGGAGAUAAGGUGUUUAGGAAACAAACCAGCCAAUCCAAAAGGAUACUGCCCACCUACUCACACCUCACCAGCAGAAAAAGCAAUCAACCUCCACUAUUUUUGCCUGGACGAGUAACCCCUGCUUGUUCACAUGUUGGUGAAGCCCAAUUUUUUGAUGGAAAUAAUAAUGGUAAUCAGAAUCAAGGGAAUUGUGACAAAUUCUUUUGGGGUGGCAAACAGAGUAAACAUAAAAGCAGAAGGCAUAAUCCUAUCAGGAAAGCUUCGCAAGCUGGUGAAAAGUCUAGAUGCCCUAUCCAAGAAUCAGAUAAGUUUCGAGAGUUGGUACAAUGGUUUUCUCCGGGUUUUUGUUUUUGGAAAUUUCACAAUUUUCGCAUGCUUUUGGGUAGUGACUUGCUUCUGCUAAGCAAUGAGAAAUAUGUUGCCGUGAGCCUUCACUUAUGGGAUGUAUCGAGACAGGUGACACCAUUGACAUGGCUUGAAGCCUGGCUUGACAAUGUUAUGGCAAGUGUGCCCGAGUUAGCUAUAUGUUACCAUCAAAAUGGUGUUGUUCAAGGUUAUGAGCUUAUCAAAACAGAUGACAUAUUCCUACUUAAAGGCAUAUCAGAGGAUGGCACCCCAGCAUUUCAUCCACAAGUUGUUCAACAAAAUGGGCUUUCGGUUUUGAGAUUUCUUCAGGACAAUUGCAAACAAGAUCCUGGUGCCUACUGGGUUAUAAAAGAUGCCGGAGAUGAUGUAAUACAACUUUUUGAUCUAUCUGUCAUACCUGAAGGCCAUUCAACUGAUGAUCAUGAUAAAGGUUGUAGUUCUUUUCAAUCCUUAAUGCACAAAGGCAGAAGGGAAUCUUUGUUUUCUCUGGGGACUCUUCUCUACCGUGUUGCUCAUAGACUAUCACUUUCUAAGGCGCCUGAUAAUAGAGCUAAAUGUGCCAAAUUUUUUAAGAAGUGUCUGGAUUUCCUUAGAGAGCAUGAUCAUCUGAUUGUCCGUGCAUAUGCUCAUGAACAGUUUGCUAGGCUCAUCCUAAAAUGCUAUGAAGAACUUGAAAUAACAUCAGAAUCUUUUCUUCUGGAGUCUGAAGUUACUGUUACGGAUUUGGAAGAUGAAUCCUCAGAGUUUUCAGUGGGAACAUUUGGGUCAACUGUCCGAGAUACAGAACCUUUUAAAACUGGUGAAGGUAAAAUUGCAACAGCAAGAGAUUCAUGUAUUGCGAAAGAUGUGACCGUUCCUGCCACAACAGAAGCAGGAGAUCUUGUAGAUAGUUCUUCCAGUUAUAAAGCACAUGACAACUUGGCUAUGUGCCCAAUUUCUUCAACUUCCCAUCCUGUUGUAAGAACUAUAACUGAUCCAAUCUCAUCCAGAUUGGCUGCGAUACACCAUGUUUCUCAAGCCAUCAAAUCUCUCAGAUGGAACCGCCAGUUGCAAAACACAAAAGGGGGCUUGAUUGACAGUGGACUGAGAUCUCAUGAAAGACGUGCCAACAGCUCUUUCUGUGGAUGUGGUGAUGCUGAUUGUAUUGAAGUUAGUGAUAUCCGGGAAUGGCUCCCAAAAUCAAAAAUGGAUUCCAAGAUGUGGAAGCUCGUUCUUUUAUUAGGAGAAUCAUAUUUGUCCCUGGGGGAAGCUUACAAGGAUGAUGGUCAGUUGCAUCAAGCUCUCACAGCUGUUGAAUUAGCAUGCUUAAUAUAUGGGUCGAUGCCUCAGCAUCUUGAAGAUGCUCAAUUUAUAUCAUCCAUGGUCGGUAGUACAUCAUAUCAGCUGAACUUGAAAGAUUGUCAAGUGAAGGCAAAUUUGGUAGUAGAUAGUGAUGAAAGUCUGGAGUUUAGUCCCUCAGAAGAAGGUUUUACUGGACAGUUCUCCCCAACCUAUUUGUUCUGGCCAAAAGCAUGGACGCUUGUUGGGGAUGUGUAUGUAGAAUAUUAUAGAACAAGGGUUAAGGAAAUCCCAGUACAAGGGGAACAAAAAACUUCAGGAAGUGGGUUACAUAUGUCAAAUGAAGUUGUGAGAGAGGUGAAACGGCUAAAGAGAAAGUUGGGACAGUACAAGAAAAAUUGCAGUACUUGUUAUCUACUAAAUUGUAGUUGCCAGAGUGAUAGAGCAAGCAGUGGUAGCAGCGCAAGCAGUAGCAGUGGAGAUGUUCCUGCAUAUCACGGCAGAAAACAGAACAGAAAAUCUAAUUCAAGGAACGUGUCUCUUUCUCUACUUGGCAACACUCAAGAUAGCAACAGGUUAUGCAGAGUAGAAAAUAAUAACAAUAGUAUUAAUAAUAGUGAUAAUAGUAAAUAUGAUAAUGAUGACUAUAAUAAUAUUAGAGAUAUGGGAACUUUUAACAAAACUUAUAAUCUUAACAAGGCAUCUGCUGUUGGUAAUUAUGUGCAUACUGAUGAAGGUGUUAAAGCUGACAGCAUGGAACCUAUUAAAGUUGAUGGCUUCACAUCUGAUGGUAAAGAUGCAUCCAAGGUGAGGCAUGGAGGUAUAUUUAUGUUUCUCAAGGGUCCUAGGACUGGUGAUGUGGAGUACAAUAUGUUGGCUGCUAUAGACUGUUACAAUGGAGCUAGGAAAGCAAUGGAUCGGUUGCCUAAUGUUUCAGUGGAUUUAUAUCCUCUACUUAGGAAGAAGGGAUGGGUAUGUAAUGAACUAGGAAGAUACAGACUUGAGAACCGAAACUUGACCAGUGCUGAAAUUGCAUUUGCAGAUGCUAUAAAAGCGUUUAAAGAAGUUUCUGACCACACCAAUAUUAUACUGAUUGAUUGUAACUUAGGUCAUGGCCGAAGAGCAUUAGCAGAAGAACUUGUGGCCAAGAUGGAUGAGCUUAAAAGACAUCCUUUACUUCAGAAUGCAUAUGAGCAAGCCAUGAAGACUGCAAAGUUAGAAUACCUUGAAUCUCUUAGAUAUUAUGCAUCUGCAAAGGCAGAGCUGAAUUCUGUUGUUGAUGAAAUCGAUCCUUUGUUACGAAAUGAAGUAUAUACACAAUUAGCCCACACAUACUUGAGGCUUGGGAUGCUUCUAGCUAGAGAAGGUAUCUCACAUGAGGGGUUUGAAAGUGGAAGUAGUGAUUCUUUAUUGAUUGAGGGAAAAUCUGAGGAAAGGAGAAAGCGUGAUAUUUCAGCUGGUGAUGCUUUUAGGGAAGCAUUGUCUACAUAUGAAUCCUUAGGUGAAUCACGCAAACAAGAGGCUGCUUUUUCUCAUUUCCAACUUGCUUGCUACCACAGAGAUUUCUGUUUGAAAUUCCUUGAUCUGGAUCAGAAACAAGUUACGCACUUAAAAUCUGAAGUCAACCUUCGUCAGAAGGCCAAGUGGUAUGCUUCAUUAGCAGAGAAGCACUGGCAGAAGUCGAAAGAUUACUAUGGUCCGAAGACACAUUCUAUCAUGUAUCUUAGUAUCCUCAUGGAGCUCUCAGCACUUUCUUUGAGCCUUUCAAGUUCAUUGCACUCAAAUAUGAUGCUCGAAGUAGCUCUACACCAUCUGCUAGAAGGACGACAAGUGGUUGUGGAGAAUGAAGGUGGUACUUAUGCCAAUGAUCCUGAGAUCCAAAAUAAGUUCUUGAAUCAGUUGCGAGCACUACUGAAAAGUAUGCUUGCUGCAUCUAUUUCUGGAAGCCCUAGCAAACCUGGUAACAUUGCUCAGACAGUAGUUUCCAGUAGAACAGGUGACAAUCAAAAGCUAAGAGAGAUGUAUCGAAUGGCAUUAAAAUCUACUGAUCUAUCUCAAUUGCCCAGUAUGCAUAAACUUUGGCUCUCUUAAAUGACAAUGUCAAAGAUGCUUUGCUGUUGAUCUAAAUGCAGAACUUAGAUCAUUAUGUGAUUUUGCCAGUUUUUUUU